UGUAUUUAAACUUUAGAGCUUAUGCUAUAUAGAGCAAAAUUUGACUUUGGUCGGCGCCUUGUACCGUACCUCAUACUACUCUAUUUAGGGCACCCUCACACUGACAAACUCUGAUUCUCCUUCCCGCCGCCGCCGCCGCUAUAUCCCCUGUUACCGUUAUGAGCUAUUGACCCUGGUGGAAUACAGAGGCAUUAAUGGCACUUCGUUUCGAGAUACUUGGGAGAUUCAAUCGUGCUCGUGCAGCUCGGCUUAUACUCCCUCACUAUGAAUGCCAGACACCUCUUUUCAUGCCUGUUGGCACUCAAGGCACUAUAAAGGGUUUGACCACCUGCCAGCUUGAGGAUAUUGGUUGCCAAAUAAUCCUCGGAAACACAUAUCAUUUGGCACUACGCCCUACCUCUGAGCUCAUCGAUGAGUUAGGGGGUGGGGGUCUACAUAAGUUCAUGAAUUGGCCAAGGGCACUGCUUACUGACUCUGGGGGCUUUCAAAUGGUCUCCUUGUUGCAUUUGGCUGAUAUCACUGAGAAGGGUGUCACAUUUCAGUCACCGGUGGAUGGAAAGCCAAUGCUCCUUACACCUGAAGAGUCAAUACAGAUCCAAAACAGAAUUGGUGCAGAUAUUAUUAUGGCUCUUGAUGAUGUCGUGAAAACUACCAUCACAGGUCCGCGAAUUGAAGAGGCUAUGUAUCGAACUCUGCGUUGGAUAGAUAGGUGCAUAGCAGCUCACAAGAGACCAGACGAGCAGAAUCUAUUUGGCAUAGUCCAAGGUGGUUUAGAUCCUGUAUUAAGGGAUAUAUGUGUCAGAGGUUUAGUGAAACGUAAUUUGCCUGGCUAUGCUAUUGGUGGUCUUGCAGGCGGUGAAGAUAAAGACUCGUUUUGGCGUGUCGUGGCUCAGUGUACUGCUGCACUACCUGAGCAUAAACCACGAUAUGUCAUGGGGGUGGGUUACCCACUAGACAUUGUGGUAUGCAGUGCUUUAGGUGCUGACAUGUAUGAUUGUGUCUAUCCUACUCGUACCGCUCGCUUUGGCACAGCUCUUGUACCUGAGGGAGUUCUAAAACUUAAACACAAGGCAAUGGCAGAUGAUAUGCGUCCUAUUGAUCCCACAUGUGACUGUAUGGUCUGUAAAAAGUAUACCAGGGCUUACAUUCAUUGCCUUGUAACUAAAGAUGCCAUGGGAUCUCAACUUCUGUCAUAUCACAACUUAUACUAUAUGAUGAAGCUUAGCAGAAACUUGCAUUCCUCAAUUGUUGAAGGACGUUUUCCGGAAUUUGUUUGCCAGUUUCUGCAGAAAAUGUUCCCCGAAGGUGACGUUCCUGAAUGGGUCUGCAACGCCAUGGAGGUUGCUGGCAUUGACAUUUCUUCAUGUUGUGCUCCGUUUUCAUCGCUCCCCAGUAAAGUAGAAGAUACAGAGGUUGCUGGAAUUGACAUUUCUUCAUGUUGUGCCCCACUUUCAUCACUCCCCAGUGAAGUAGAAGAUACAGAGGCUGCUGGGACUGACUCUUCUUCAUGUUAUUCUCCAUUUUUGUCGCUCCCCAGUGAAGUAGAAGAUACAGAGGUUACGGAGAUUGACACAUCUUCAUGUUGUGCUCCAUCUUCAUCACUCCCGGUAAAGUAGAAGAUACACAAACCCAGACGUGAAACAGUAAUUAAAAACAUUUCACAGAGUAGAAGAACAUAUAUAUACAGAAUUGACGAUAAGAGCAGCGUGCAUUUUGUGGUAACAUGCUGCUAUGCUAGGAGUCACUCAAGCAAAAUUUUGUAAAGUGUGACACAAAAGAUGAGUUUUUUGUUAACUAGGUGUCAUUCUUCAUAGCUGAAAGAAAUUAUUCCUUAUUAUAUGAAAUGUUUUUCACGUCCUAGAAUUUUUUUUAUUGAGCUGUCUAUCAAGGGAAAUCCAAAAACAUUUUCUUUAAUGCCCCUUCCUGGCUAUCAUAAUUGUUCCUAUUUGAAGUAUGAAAAUCUGUUACAUGGAAUGUUGUGAUUGAUAGUAUCUGAAAAUGAGUUUGAAGCCA